GCUGAGAGCCCAGGUUAGAGCGAAACACUUCGCUCUGUGUACUGGUGUUUGGAUUGGAGCUGCCUGCUGAUCCCUUAUACGACGACUUAUUUUUUCCUUUUUGUGUGUUUUUUUUUUAACAUUUCCUGCCUGGAGAGAAGAGUUUAUAGUUGGUUUACAGCGCCAGUAAACUGAGCAUGGAGUGCAGCUUUAAAUGCCAGCUCUGCCUCUACACAUUUAGAAGGCUGGGCUAUUACAAGAGGCACAUAUUAUCAGAUGUACAUCACCAGAAACUGAAAACCCUUUUCCCAAAUGAUAAGUUUCAGAAUACUGCCAAAGGUGUACCCCAUAUCAUUUUUGCGGAUCCAGAAAAAAAGAAUUGCUUCAAACAUCCCAUUGUGGGCUUGUCUGCGCUGACUCUGUGUUUCAGUCCACAGUCAUGGUCUUCGUUUUACUUGUGUCACAUCUGUGCCGAGAAGCAUUUACCUAGUGAUGUUUUAAGGCACAUCUUUUCUAUGGACCAUUACAGCAACUACAUUAAUUGCAUGGAUCCCAAUGCAAUGAGUUUCUCCUGGAUCCCCAGCAAGAAAAUGAAAGAGACUGAACUCAAAAACAGAGUAAAAGAAGAAGGGCCUAUGGACUUGCAGAUGCUGCAUUUACCUGAUCAUCUUAUGGAAAAGCUAAUAACCUGCACCUACUCAGAAGUGAUGCUCACUCUAGGUGAAAAUGAGAAGCUUCUCAAGCUGAUUCAAGCUUUCAAGCCAGAGAGGAAGACGAUCCUGGCUUACCAAAAAGACAGCAACAGGAAGCAUCCGCUUCUUGGCAUGCAGCACCUCGUCGAGUGCAUUUGUGUCGGAGCAGAGGAGGAGAAGUAUUACCUCUGCACGCUCUGUGGCCUUACAGUGGCCGCCCACGUGAUCAUCAAACACAUCCUGAGCUUUGACCACAUCUUUUGGUAUUUUAAAGAGUGGCAUCCCUCUACAUUGAUGUCAAAAGAGUGCUACAGAGACUACACGCCCUCCUUUGAAUCCAUGAUGCUUGACUUGGCAAAGCAGACGGAGAAGAUUCAUGGAGAAAAUGAUUUGAAACAAGUGAGCCUGGAGCCUGCUGAAUUCAAGUCCAUAAACUUUAAUAGCUACUCAAAAGCUUUGACGACUCUGAACUCGAUCAAGAAGUGCAGCUUGAAACCAGCCAUCAAACCAGGGAAGAAGCUGGAGUAUCAUGCUGUCAAAAAUCAGUCAGCACCUGCAAGCGAACCUUCAAAGCUGCUCACAUACUACCCAAGAUGUAAACUGCUGUGUCAGGACUGCUGUGUGACGUUGAACAGCAUAUCUCAAUAUCUCAAUCAUCUGUCAAAACCAAUACACAAGGAGAUCUUGUGGAAACUCUUUGAAGAAGGAUUUGAAGGCUAUGAGAAAAAAGCUCAGUUUUUCCUUCACUUACACUUGUAUGUCAUGGAGUGCUUCAAGAAAAAACAGCCAGUCAUUGGUACAUCCUUGAUUGUGUCCUGCAUUACCACAGAAGCUAAGGCAGAGCCUUUUUACAUAUGCUUUGCUUGUCAGGAGUGUGUCUGUCAGUCCUUGAUCGAGCCACACUUAAACUCCCGAAAACAUGUUGUACACACGCUGCUGUUUGAGAAUCCCUGGCGGCUGCCUUUCGGCUGGGAGAAUCUGCAGGAUGAUCAAACACUAAAGUCAAAGGCGUGGGAGGAGGAGAUGGAGAGAAGACCAAAGGAGGUGGUUCUGAAGGUUCUUGAUAUGCCAUGGUCAGUAUUUUGCAGGCUCACCCCUCCUACUUUUGAAAAAGUACUGGAGGGACUUGAACAGCAGCGCAAGGUCUUGAAGAAUGAAGUUCCACCUUGUCAAACAUAUAGCAAACUCCAAGGAAAUGAAUCAUUUCCUCUACUUGGCAUCGAGUUCAUCGUGAUGUAUGAUUUAUUUGUCAAAGAACCCAAUUCCCCAGAAGCACAUUUUCUGUGUUUGCUCUGUGAGAGGAGGCUGUCAGAGCACGAAUGCCACGACCAUAUAUUCAGCCGUGAACACGUGGCAAAAUUCCUGGACUGUUUCCACCCAGGCUCACUGGAUUCCAACGCUGAUGCAGAGACACUACUGGACUUGGCAAAACAGGCAGCAACAAUUCACAAUAAAUCUCACAUACAGGUAAUAUAUUUGCAGCGUCCGAUUAAGGAGCCAUACUCCUACUCCCAAGCAACAAGAAUCUUGGAAUGUGUAAAUAGGAAAACUGGGAACAAAAAGCUUAAACCCCAAAUAAAACGUAAUAGAAAACUGGUUCCGAGGAUAACUGUAAAAGACGAGCAAUGUGUGAGAGUUGUCUGUCAGAAAAACAGCAGCACCAGCAUAGCCGGUGUAGAAGAAAUCAAAAAAGAGCGUGACGAGGAAACACCGACACAAAGUGAAAAUGACUCGGCGUUGAGAAGUGAGGUGGCUUCCAAAACUACUUCAGAAGUGAUGGAGAAUCCAGGUGAGGUGUGUCGGGCGAUAAAGCAGGAGCCAGAAGAGGCUAAAAUAAAAGGAUCAACUGGGGCGAAGCAAGGCUGCCACAACACCAACAAAGAUAAUGGUGCAGAUGCUGGGAUAGAAGAUGGCAGAAGUAGCAAAGAUGUCCCAGCACAGCUGAAGAAUUACAAAGAAAUGGAAAGAAAAAGACAGCACGGUGUGUCUGAAACAUCGCAAGAGGACUCAUGUCCUGCUGAGUGUGUGGGGAGAGAAAUGGGCCCUAAAAGACAGCGUCUGACCUCCAGAGAAGACUCGUGUGAUGAAGCCCCAAAAAUGUCUGAUAUUAGAAUAAAGAAGGAAAAAAAUGAAGAUGAAGCCUGCAAAGCAGCAAUUGACAAAGGUUUUAGCGCCCUGCUUAAAUGCUGCUGUCCUCAGCAUGAGCCGGUCUACCUCUGCGAGUCCUGCUCUUUGAAGAUCUCAGAGAAGGACAUCGUCAGGCAUCUGACUGGAUUUGAUCAUCACAAGCUCCAGCCGGUGGAUGUUUAUGUAAAUGAAGAAGUUUACAGUAAGGUCUCAAAACAAAGCUUUCAAUCGGCUAUAGAGACAGUGAAGGCAUUUCAGACUUCAUCCUCAGCUCCUACCUGCGUAAAACCUGUGGACACUUCAGUCGACCAACAUGAUGACAGUACAAAGGGCAGCAUGAAGGUGGUGAAGAUGGAGAUUGAUGACAAUCAGGAGGAGUCUGCGUUAUUUAAAGGCACCUCUGAGGCAGGACUUGAGUUAUUCCAAUCAACUGAAGAGGACAAAAAGAGUACCAAAGCACCCAAGCCAGCUAGCAAAUUUGUCACUUGUCCAAUUACUCCCAGAAGUGGAGAAAACGUAAGCCCGUGUGUGUCAAAUGCAAGUGGCACAAAGACUGCCUCCAAAGCUGGUAUUACUCCAAACACAAGUGUGGAAUCAAUAAAAAUUGCUUCCAAGCCUGACAUGGAAGAAGUGAGACCGGUUACGUCCAUGUGCACUGCAGCCACUGCUAAAAAUCCUGCAACUUCUUCCCAACGGAUAGGAACUGCCUCCACCUCUAAGGUAUCUGCCUCAAAUGUCAAGUCAACUGCAGAAUCUCCACCAGUGUGCAGAACUGGAGCUGCAUCGAGAGUGAGGGCUACUUCUUUAAACGGUACACCUCCUCAGACUGAAUCCACAGUGGUGCGAGAGGCUACUUGCAAAACUGCACCUUCCUCCAGAAGUGAAAAGUUUCCAUCUCAUCAGUUAAAAACCAAAGCCACCCCUCAAAUGGCACCUGUGGCUAAAAAGCCCAGAACCUCAGUUAGAUCUGAAAGUGUGGAGACUCGUGCAAAGGCCGUACAUGUGAAGAAUUCAGUGGGGCCAAAUGCACCACAUUGUCAUAAAAGUAACAAACCUGACGCUCCUCAUCAGGCCAAGGACGCAUUUGUCAGGCCUGAACACAAGAAGCCACCCACAGAGCCACCCCCAACCUCUAUGAGUAAUAAGACAAAGCCAAGUGAAGGUCUUCCUAAAAUAGGCUUAAAUGAGCUGAUUGUGGUAUUUUGCGAGGAGAAGCAGCAAGUCUACUGUAAGCUGUGUUCAGUGAAGCUAACCAGUUCCAGUGACUAUCAUCUAAUCAGCUUAGACCACUGGAAAAAAUAUGUGAAAACGAAGUAUCCUGAAUGGACCGCAAAGCCAUCAGAGAUGGAGAAAAAACUGAACGAGAUAGCGAUUCCCUUGACCGAGGCUGAGAGGAGUCUCGGACAUCGCAGACCACAGAUUCUGAAAGUGAAGAAGGACGUGUAUGAAAAGCUGGCACAUCUUCGAGAAGAUGAAGCUGUGAAAUAUGUGAAGUCAAUGAGUAAGAGAAGCUUGCGGCUCUCAUCAACCUCCCCAGCUGAUUCUGCCUCUGCCAGUCCAUGCGACGUUUCAAGCUCAGAUGAUGGGAUAAAUAAAAUGUCAGAACUUUCUACUUACGAAUGUUCAACGGUGGAGAACAAAAACCAGCACCAGGCACUGUUGAUCCAGAAGGAAGAAAUGAGCUCUAACUCAAAAGUGGAAGCGGACCUGACUGCAUGGGAGCCAAUCGGACAGAGCUCGGAAGGUGAAGACAUACAAUCUGAUGACAUGAUUCUAGAUGAGCUUCAAGACGAGGAAAUGGCAGAAAUUGAGGAUUUAGAGGAAGAUGUAGAGGUUCAGACUUGCACUGAAGUUAUGUCUGAAAUACAGAGUCCUGAACUUCGUGGCACUGACUCGGACAUCUUUGCUGAAUCCCCUGGUGGAGGCUCUAGCGACCACAGACCAAAGCAGUUGAAGAGCGAAGAAUUUCAGGACAACUGGACAUUGCCAGCAUGCCCACAAACAGCUUUGCCUGUAAAAUUCAGCUGCUCAGAGCCGUUCUCUGUAGCUCCUUCAGCUUAUACAGAAGGGCAGAACCAGCUGAGACCAAGGCAGAAGAUGGACCACGUGUCUAGAGGCAAUCCAGUAUCUGAAGAGCACAGCGCAUCACAGGCAUUCUUAAGAACUCCAACAGAGGGAAGAAAUCAGCGCUCUAGUUCUGACAGCCAUUUGAUCCUAUUCUUGAAAACAAAGGGACUGGAUGCAGAACCAAUUGUUGGUCAGGGUUAUGUGUUGGAGUGCCGCGGGAUUUCUUUGGAAACCAUUUUCUUAUGCACGUGCUGCGAGAAGGUGCUCUCUCACCGUGACGUCUGUCAGCACAUGGUCAGCUCUGACCACCAGUUCGAAUACAUGCGGAAAGAACACCCUGAGUUUCUCCACAAGUUCUGGGAUGAAGACCUGCCUCUGGACAAGAGACUGGGACUCUUAAAGAAAGUUUCCUGGAAGAUUUCAGAGCGGGAGCAGGAUGAAAAACCAAAGGUUACAACGCUGACAAAGGAGUUGCAUGAACGUGUUCAGACAGCUCCAUUCAGUGAAGCUGUAAAAAUGGUGCAAAAUAUGCAUACGGACAAAUCAAAUAAACUGGGCAUGGCGCAGGACAUCGAUAAACACAGUGUCUUGGAACCACAGCACAAGAGUCAGCAGUCUGAUGAGCGGCCAAUUCCAAAUGAGUCUCUUACCACAGAAAUGCAAUCAGCUUAUAGACCUGAGCGAUACCACAGAAGUGACAAUGCUCAACUCACACAGGAGCCUCAGUUAGACAAAACUCAAACAGUUGGUGACUUGGAUGGGUUCAAAGAAAGACAACUCUGGAGUCCUCUUAAUGUGAGCGGCUCCAGCUCGAAGGAUGAUCCUGUUGCCUCGCUGUUGCCCCGUCCUGGCUCAUGUUUCAGCCCUAAAGAGACCUGCUAUAAGCCUCCCAUGCAAACAAAGCUCACGCCACCAGUCUCUGACUAUCAGCAGCCUGCCCUCUGCUUGCAUGUGAAACAGGAAGAGGUGCACUUGGAACCACCAUGCUCUUCAGCUGCUCAUCCUACUGUCAGCCAAACGCUGUCAGUGCCUCCCAGAGAUCAGUGUCUUCCAUCCAGGAAAAGGCCAGCUGAUACAUCUGUUAAAACUUGCACCGAUAACCCGCUUGACGACACUUUGCUAUACAAAAAUGAUAUAGACUGGAAUCUCUGUGUACACCUGAUUAGUGAACUGAGAAAUGCUAGAAUGAAAGCUCUAGAUGCUGUUGAGACUUUUGACUCCGGUGCUGCCAGUUCAUCUGAAAGUGUGGAAAAUAGAUUGAAUUUGCAUACAGUGACAAAAACUCCAACUUCCUCUGCCUCAUUUAAAAGCAUGCCUCUGACAGGAAACCCUGCUAAUGCAGGUAGUGAAAACCAACCUGUCAGUCUGAGUGGAAGCUCAGAAGGCACUUCGACUUCUCUGGACCAUUUGAUGACUGGAAAUCCUUUUCAAGUUGAAGCUGCAUCUGGUGCAAGGCCUACUACCGCCACUGUUGAGACCAAAGACCCACAGCAUCCACAAGCUGUCACUGAUCAAAAUGCCUCUGAAAAGUUCAGCCCUGUUUUCUUUACAGACACCAGCCUUAACCCAGGACAGAUCCCUCAGCCACAUGCUGACUCAGAGGCUGAGAGCUCUGGAGUUGACCAGUUGCCCAUCAAUACCAUUGUAACCGAGAGGCCGAAGUUUAUGGGACACUAUACAGAACAGCACCACACCGAGGUGAACAACAGCCAUCAGGGCAGUUUCCCUACAAUUUCUGGUGACAGCCCCACUGCGUUUUUGGUGCCUUCAGCCGGAUACGACUCAUACAGCCAAUUGGCUUAUGUCGCAAGUUCACAUCCAGGGUACGCACCGCCUCAGGCCGUAUUAGGUUACACAACAGGAGAAAACCCUCAAGUUUAUACUGGAGCUUUAAACCCAAGUGAAGGAUACACUGCAGCGACAAUCUACCCGGCAAAUUUUUGUCCACAGCUGGCCAUCAGCCAUUCAAGUUUGCAGUUAUUUGGGCAAGCUGCGGUGAUGAUGCAAUACUACCCGUCAGUGACGAGGAGAUAAGUGACUGGUUUUUGGUUUUUGUACAAAAAAAUGUUGCUGUGCGUUUUGACAUUUGAUUUUUGUCAUACUUUUUUUGGUUUGGUAAUAAAAAAAGAAUUAAUGACAUAUUAUAAAUUACUUUUAUUCUUUCAAAGUAAUGUUUAAAUGGAUAGUUUAACAUGCAUUUAAAAA